UCCUCCUGCUGCAGACAGUGGUCGCUGCGCGAGGCUGUUGACAUGGAUACUGCCUAUCGCCAAUGUUUAUGUCGCUAGUGUUUCGUAUCGUUAUUGCUUUGUAGUUGUUGCAUUCCAUUUUGUCAUUUUGCCUACAUUAUUCAACAAUUCUUGUUUUUGGAUCAGCAAAAAAAGCAAAUAAAUGAGUUGGAAAACAGCAUAGUAUUUUAAGAUAGGCCUUACAGCGCCUCGGAUUUUCCUAAGGACGCCAAACGGCGUGAUGCUUUUGGCCCUCGGACAUCUAAUGACACUCUAUACUCGGUGCCAAAACAUGGCAUGCGCUUGGUGCCGAGUUUGACUGCAGUGGUACGGAAGCCUGUGAGCGUUGCGACCUGCCAUUAAAAGCAGACUUUUAUCCCUGCUGUCAUUCUCCACCGUGUAACACUGCAGUGAAUAAGACUGCCAUACUUGUCACCUAAACAGACUAUAUUUUUAUGACUGUAGCGUGAGGUGAGCCCCUGUACUUGUUCUCAGUUACAGAUGAGUACAUUGUGGCAUCAACCUUAAAGAAAGAUCGAACUUUAGACUCUGGUGCUUAAAUAGUCUGCCCAUAACUUCAGCAUGGCAUCUGUUCCUGUGUACUGCUUGUGUCGACUCCCUUAUGAUGUCACACGGUUCAUGAUUGAGUGCGAUGUCUGUCAAGACUGGUUUCAUGGGAGUUGUGUUGGAGUGGAAGAAGAUAAAGCAGCAGACAUUGAUCUGUAUCACUGCCCUAACUGUCAGGUUACACAUGGACCCUCUGUCAUGCGGAAACGUCGCGGAGGCUCUAAGCAAUCUGAUGGCAUGGCAGCUGGGAGGGACGCGGGUCGGCCUGUGAAGACUGGGAGUGCUCAGUUUGUUAGAGAGUUGCGCAGCCGUACCUUUCCAAGUGCUGAUGAGGUCCUGCUGAAGCCGACCGGAGCCCAGCUCACAGUGGACUUUUUAGAGGAGCGCUCUUUCAGCGUCCCCGUCCUGGUCUUGAGGAGAGACGGGCUGGGCAUGAGCCUCCCUCCAGCCUCUUUCUCUGUUUCUGAUGUUGAGCAUUAUAUCGGAAGUGACAAGGAAAUCGACGUGAUUGAUGUGAUCCGUCAGGCAGACCUCAAGAUGAAACUUGGUGAUUUUGUUGAGUACUAUAAUAGCCCCAACAGGGAAAAAGUGCUCAAUGUGAUCAGUCUGGAGUUUUCAGACACUAGGUUAUCUAACCUGGUAGAGACACCAAAGAUUGUGAGGAAACUGUCAUGGGUGGAAAACCUCUGGCCAGAGGAGUCUGUGUUUGAGAGGCCCAAUGUUCAGAAGUACUGCCUGAUGGGAGUAAAGGACAGCUACACAGACUUCCACAUUGAUUUUGGUGGAACCUCUGUGUGGUAUCAUGUGCUGCGAGGGGAAAAGAUUUUUUACCUGAUUCGUCCGACGGCCGCUAACCUGUCACUGUUUGAGCGCUGGAGCUCUUCCACCAAUCAGAAUGAGCUCUUCUUUGGGGACCAAGUGGACAUGUGCUUCAAGUGCUCAGUCAAACAAGGAAACACCCUCUUUAUCCCAACUGGGUGGAUCCAUGCCGUUCUUACUCCAAUUGACUGCUUGGCGUUUGGUGGAAAUUUCCUUCACAGCCUCAACAUUGACAUGCAGCUUCGGGCUUAUGAAAUAGAGAAGAGACUCAGCACAGCAGACUUGUUUAAGUUCCCUAACUUUGAGACAGUGUGCUGGUAUGUUGGCAAGCACCUGCUUGACACUCUUAGAGGUCUAAGAGAAAAUCGCCGGCAUCCUGCCUCAUAUCUGGUCCAUGGGGCCAAGGCUCUCAAUAAUGCCUUUCGAAGCUGGACCCGCAAAGAGUCCCUGACUGAGCAUGAGGAGGAGAUCCCAGAGAAUAUUAAGACCCAACAGCUGAUAAAGGACCUGGCUAAAGAGAUACGUCUGGUGGAGGAUAUCUUCCAGCAGAACAUGGGCAGGACUGGGGGACCUUUUGGCGGCUCACAGGGUCUUCCUUCUCCUGCCCCCAAAGCACCAUUAACCACGCCUCUCAACUCGGGCAGACCUCCGGGUAAAAAGAGAGGUCCCAAGCCCAAGGAUGGUGCAGGUGGAGGCGGUGGAGGCCCUCCAGGUGUUAAGAAAAAGGGCCAGAAAGGGAAGGACAUGAAGACCGAAGCAGGAGAACUGGAUCUGCUUGAGAUUCAUACUAAACACACCCUCAAGAAGUUUCAGCCUGGAAAUAAAGCCAAGAGCAAGAGCAAGAUGGACCCGUCUGGUGCCUGUCUAGAUGACUUUGAAGGGAAAAUGAAUAAGAGCAAGCUGAAACUGGUCCUGACCAAUGGCAAGCUGCAAGGGAAGAAGGGCCACCGCUCUGGCAGUGCCAACGGAGCGGGCCGCACCGCUCAGUUACAGCCUCUGACGAGCAGCUCGGCGCUUUCAGACUUCGACUCUGAAGACGAGCUUCAGAUUGACGAAUCCCCUCCGCCUCGCCGUAGGCCAGCUGUACCCAACAAAAAGAAAAUGGCUGGUCUCCCCAGGAAACUACCUCGGGCAAAACCAUGCACCGACCCCCACAGAGUCAGGGAGCCAGGCGAGGUGGAUUUUGACAUAGAGGAGGAUUAUACCACAGAUGAAGAGAUGCUCACUGUUCAGGGAGUUAAGGGGGGAGCAGGGGGAAUCCUGGACCUGCUCAAGGCCAGCAAACAGGUGGCUGGCCUGGACCCGGCUCUUAGUGAGGAAGCCCCAGCCUCACCCAGUACCCGCGACGCCAUCCAGGGUAUGCUCUCCAUGGCCAACCCCCCUUCCUCCUCCUCCUCCUCGUCCUCCUCCUCUCCUCUCUCUGUGUCUGGAGGGGGUGAGGGCCUGGUAGUGAUGAAGGAGAAAGGCGGUGGGGCUUCAUGGGCAAGCGGUGCGGAGAAGAAGAGCGAGAAGAAGGCCACCAUCCAAAGACCUGGCAAGCGGCCAAUCAAACGGCCCGCCAGGCACCUGAGUGAUGAGGAGAGUCCUGAUGAUCAGGACACGUUGGGAACCUGCUUUAAAGACUCUGAUUAUGUGUACCCUUCCUUGGAGUCUGAUGAGGAGGACCACUCGAAGUCCAAAAUGAAGAGAAAGAGGAACUGGGAUGACACACCAUGGAGCCCCAAAGCUCGUGUGACUCCCACCUUGCCCAAGCAGGAGAGGCCAGUGAGAGAGGGUGCCAGGGUGGCGUCCGUGGAGACUGGGCUAGCAGCCGCUGCUGCCAAACUGGCCCAACAGGAGCAGCAGAAGACUACAACCAAGAGAAAAUACACAAAGAAGAAAGUCCCUCAAGAGAAAAUGCACGCAGCAGCAGCUUCAGAAGGAGCUCGUCUCCAGCUGCAGGCCGACUCCGGCCCUGCAUCUCCCCCAGUGCCCCCUGAGGCUCCCACUGACUGCAUUGCAGAGGAGAGGAGAAUGGAGGUUUACUCCGCCAGCCUGCUGGACCACGAGUACACGGCUGGGCCCAGCCCCUUUGGCCCAGGCGGUCCCAGAGGAAGUGCUGCCAUGGCCCCCGGGGUGUUCCUCACCUCCAGACGUCCUUCACUUUCUCCCCAGAACAGCAGCAACUAUUCCCCCUCUACGCCCACACCUGCUGGACUGGCCAGCCCAGGGGCUGCCGGGACAGGACAAGGGAAGCGUCCAAAGAAAGGACUUGCCACAGCUAAACAGAGACUUGGAAAGAUUCUGAAAAUACACCGCAAUGGAAAACUGCUUCUGUGAGAUGACUUUGGAAAAGGUGAGACUGUGAUAAUGAGCUGGAGGAAGAUGGUGAAACAGGAAAAGGAACCGCUAAAAAAGUGGUGAAGAUGGGAGAAAAACACCAUGUGUGACUGAAUGUGGUAGGAACAAAAGGCAGAGAUACUCUUACUGUUGUGAUUGUGACUUGUUUCAUGUAAAAUUUGCUAUUCAUUAUUUUUAAGCUCAAUACCUCUUCUUUUUAGCAUGUAUUUUAAUACUCAUUUAACAUUUUAUCCAUUGUUUUGUCUUUGUCAAAUCUAGUCGUUAUUUACUAUUUGCAAGCUGUAAGACAAUAUCUAAAAAGCUACAAAGCACUUAACGGGUUAGUUCGGAUACAAUAUCAUCAUUGUAAUCUUGCUGUUUUGGGCUAAAUAAUUGGUAUGUAUAUUGAUUAAAUUAGAGCUCUACAGUUACUUGCAGUUAAUUGUGCAGCCCAAAUAAUUCUAGAGUAAUGCUAGUUUCAUUUCCAGGUGACUAUAUUUCCUGGACAGUGAGUAAUAGAGCAGUGUAAUUUGAGGAAAGAGAAAAGUGAGUUUCAUAUACAAGUACAGCAUUUUAAUGUAGCAGAAAUGUGAUGCAGGAUUUCACUGAGAUGUCAUCAUUGAGGAAUUCCUGAUGCUUGAAAUUACUCCUAAUGUAAGGAAGUCUAAGACUGCAUUGGCGCUGUUGAGUGGAAUUGGGUAAUGCUGUCUGUCACGGACCCUAACAAGGUAAAGCAAAGAAAGACAUUUAAAUUCUUCAAAUUCAGAAAGAUUAAGCCUCCCAGUUAGGUUUCAUCUGCCAGCGGAGAAACAGCACUAAAGGAAUAUCCCAGCAUCAGCCUACUAUCUGUCUACUGCAUCUUUUCGUGUAAGGUCACUUGCCACACAGUGACUUUUGACGUUUCCUUGUUCCUUGUUAGGCUUCCAUUAUAAAUGUGUAUUUCUAGUCAGUUCUUUUCUAUGUUCAGGGAAAUGUGUCAAAACUGUUGUCCAUGAUGGUCUACUAUAAAUCAUCGGUGCAGUACAUGGAGAUUUAGAUUGGAAAAUACUGGACUUUUACUUUAAGCAAAAAAAAAAAAAAAAAGGAAUCGUCUGCUUGUGUGUAAAUCGCCACCAGUAGACAAACACAUGAUCCCUGGCCAGAAUAUGGUCUCUCACUUUACCUUCAGAUGAAGCUUUUGAACCUUUUCUAUUUUAUCGCUGAAAAGCAACUCCACUGGGUUAAAGCCACAAUUGGACAUUGCAGAAAAACAAACUAAUCGUAAACUUGCAAAUAAAAGUAGAAAGGGAAGUCACCAUUCCUUACAAAACAUGGAAGGGCAGAGCAGAUCAUGUGCAGAGAAGAUAAUUAGGCUCCAGAUUGGUUACUUUGGUUUUAUUGUUCGAGUCAAAAAUUCUUGUUCUGGCUCAAGUAAUGUAAAAACAUGUAAACAAGAAACCUUUUUUUAAAAACAAUGAUUGUGUCUUUAAGUCUUUAAUGAUUGUUUUGCUGAUGAAAGAUGAAUGUUUGUAAUGGCUUUUGAACCAUUUAGUGUGUACCUAACAUGCAAUACACCUUUCUCCCACAAUUAAAAAUAUUGAGGUUUCAAAUAUUCAAAGCUUAUGUUAAGUAACUUUUAUUUUGUUCUGGUCCAAACUAGUUCAAAACUGAUUUUGAUCACUUAUGUCAUUUAGAGGCACAGCAAUUAAGAAGUGAGUGAUACAAAUCUCAAUAACACAAAAUAUUUCACUGUGAAUGUUUCUUGCCAGCAUGAUCAUCCUUAAUGUGGUCAGAGCUCCUCACGUGUAAAUACAUUAAAAGUAGUCAAGUACCAAAAGCAACACUUUCAGUUUAUCAGUACACACAUACUGAUAUAACAUGAUCUAACAGAAGGAAUAUUAAUAUUACCCUCAGCACCUUUUAAGGCUCUAGAUUAUGAUUGAUUUCCCAUUGCUUGCAUUUAUGCAUAAUUGUUACCAUAAUCUUGUAAUGUAUUUCUUCUACUGAUUAAUGCAUUUCAGCAAUGUAAAUAUUUAUUAUUAUUAUUAUUAUUAUUAUUAUUAUUAUUAUUUGAGUUUUUAGUCACCUGGCACAGACAGUACAGUGGUUUAGAGUUUUGCUCUUCGUUUCCCCUGUUUGUUUUCAUUUAUUUGUUUGAGCGUAGUUUUUGCCAGCUGAUUGCAGCAGGCAUGGUGUGGUAACAGUAAUGCAUCUAAAAUUGAUUUAGUGUAGUGGGAUGGCAUGGAUAUUGGGGGGUAUUAAGGUUUAAUGUACAUAAUUGGUGUAAUUUUGUUAUAGCUACAAUGAAAGGUUUCUUGCAUUUGAAUCUUUCUUAACAUACCUUGUAAAAAGAUACCUUUAGUGUUUUGGGAAAUGUGUGUGAGAGUUUAACAGUAAGUUGUUUAGUCAUUUUUAUUUGUAUAGCGUAAAUGUUAUUAUUUUUGGCUGAUGUUUUAUGACAUUGGUAAGGUGACAAUGAAGUUAACGUAUUCUAUAGUUUUGUCUGUUCUUGUUCUUCUGCUCCUCCCCUCACCUAUAUAAACUAUAUAUGUCAAUAUAUUUUAGUUUUUUAAAUAUUCUUUCUAGAAGGGUUGGUUAUAAACACUUUUUCUUACUAAAUCUGGAUUAUUUUUUUAGUGUUUUUUUUUUUUUUUUUUUGGUUUUAUUUUUUCCAUUUUUGAGACUCCUCUGAUGAAUAGUGUGAAUAUACUGAGCACCAAAAAUAACUGACAUCAGUAAGCCAAUGAAAACCUUUUUUUGGUGGGGGAGUGGAUAAUUAACUAUUUUCUACACAGGUUGCCAUUGACCUCUGCCAUGUUUUAACUUUAAUUAUAUGAUUAGGGAUUGUGCGUAAAAUUAAAGGAGAAGAAAAUGUGUUUGGACAGUCUAGGAAAUCUGAGGCAAGAAGUUAUUUUUGUUGUAUGUUUAUUCUGCCUUUUAAGGCCAAUUAAAGUUCCCAUAUAAAUUUCAGUUAAUUACUUCACUUUCAUGACCUUUUGUAUUUUUUGUUUCAUCUAUGUGUGUGUUUUUCCGUUUUAAGUAUUUUCUGUGUGUUAAGGUUAACUUGGGGAAAAAAUAUUCAUGGAUUUCACACAGUUUCUCUCAGGGUUAAUUUUUUAUCUAAAAUAUAAUUUUGAUGGAAAACAUAGACGUAUGUUGCACCUACACAGUAACCACUUUAAAAGCAGACUCAAAUUGUGUCCACUGCUAAUUGAUAAUUAAACAUCCUGAUAUUGUGCUAACCAGCUAUUGUCUACUACACCAUUUGCUUUUUGAAAGACUUUUCAAAUGAGCCCGAUUAAAGGAUAUUUUUAAACUUGUA